AUGGAAGCCCACCUCGUCCUCUCACUCGCAUCCUACCCCGUGAUAUCGUUCGGCACCGGCUCUGCUGUCCGUCUCCCUGGUCCUUCAAUCGACAAACCUAACAUCUAUGCCUUCAACUCUACUACCUACGAUGAAAUGUAUCAAGAGCUCAAGCACAAAGAUCCGCGUCUUUACACUGCUAAUGGACUCCUGGGCAUGUUGGAUCGGAACCGGCACAUCAAAGGGAGCCCAGAGAGAUGGCAGGACUGGAAAGUGGGCGUGCCGAGAAAGGAUGGAGUUCAGGAUGGGGUUGUUGACGUAGUUUUCACGUGCGAGGAAAGGUGCUGGGAUAUCGUGGUUGAAGACCUCCUCAAUCGCAAUUCGCCACUAAACCGCCUCGUCCAUAUCAUAAACGUGGAUAUCAAGGAUAACCAUGAAGAAGCCGUCGUAGGAGGCAAGGGUAUUCUUGAGUUAGCUCAUAUGCUGACCGCCGCCGCGAAAGAAGAGAGGGAGAAGUAUGGAGAAGCGUAUAUGAGGGAUAGCGUAGACAAGAGGGUGCCAGAGGUUUUAGCCAGCUGGCAAGAAAAGUUUCCAAAUCUUCCAGCGUUGUGGACGGUUGGAUAUUUUUAG